AUGGGAAAAUUCGAACUGGUAACUAUACCUUCGACAGAUAUUGAAUAUGUCAUCGAACGACUGAAAAAUCAUGAAAAAAUGACUCAUGAAGAAGCUGUAAAAUGUGUUCAAGAACUGAUUCACUUUUAUACUGCAAUCAAAUAUGGAAAGAGAGGAUCUCCAUCGGAUAUGAUUGACAAAGCUUGGCAUGCGCACAUUCUUAAUACUCCAAUGUACAUGGAAUUUACACAAGCCACGUUUGGUAGAUUCGUUCAUCAUGUACCUUACUGGUCAGGACAUCAAAGUGAUGGAACUGAAGAUGAUAUUUAUAAAUAUUUAAUAAGUCUCUUAGGAGUUGAUCAUGUAGAUGCCACUGUAUGGGGCCAAGAAGAGAUUAACUGCGUUUAUAACGAACAUUCUAGCGAUGUACAACGCUUGGAAUAUUGUCAAAAGAACAUUAGUUCACACCGACAGUGUACUACAUCUAAGUAA